AUGAAGGUACUGAUGAGGGUGUUUUCGAGAUGGGCCAUCACUAUGGUCAUCAUCGUCUCGAUUUACGCCGUCAUCUUGGUCUACUCGAACAAGGCGGUCAUGGACCAGACGACCAAGCGUCAGUACAACGCCCUCAUCACCGGUCUCUCGAUUGCGCUGGGUCUGGCGGUGGCCAGCAGUCUGAACCAUAUGGUUGCCGAAUUGCGGUGGUGGAUAUUGAGCCGCCGGUACAGAUCGAAGCGCAAGGUUGAGCUGAUUCUGCAGGCCGACAACCUGAAACAUACCAUCAUGUUGGCAGCCAGAUCGAAGCGUUGGUCGAUUCAUCUUGCAGCCUUGGGCUGGCUAAUACUGACAAUCGGCUCCCAAGUCGGCCUCGCCGCCAUUGGUCUAUGCUACGCAACGGACACGGCCGACAGGCAAGCGUUGUUAGUACCUGGGAACGUCUCAAUCGCAAACAUGAACACGAUAGAGACAUCCAAACUUGUAAAGUCGAGUUCCAAGGAGCUGGGUGCCAAGCAGUACACUGCAAACAGCUAUGGCACACUUUCACUGGCUUAUGAUGUAGACACACUCGAGAAGGCUUCCUCGGCUCAAGCCAUCUUUGUGCCGAGCGAUCCUUUGAUGUUUUGCUCAGAAAGCCUCUGCAAAUACGUGUUUUACGAGACAUCACAGCUGUCCAUCACAGACAAGAACAUCAACCCCGUCACCGUCGCCACAGACCGUAGCAUCAACUCUACCUCCAUAUGCGCCGCGUGGCCCAUAACGAGCGGCGGGAACGGGACGAGUCCCAACAUCACUAUUGCGCUCGCAAACAACGGCCGCUUCGUAUUCAAUCUCCCCGUGCAAGGAGGUACCGACCAGACGACCUUCAUGACUAAUACCGGGUCCAACUGCGGUCCAGGAUGCGCCGUGGUUGCUGCCUUCGAAGCAUCAGACACCUCUCCGUGGUACUACUCUUGCAACGUGACGGUCGGACAGGUCGCCAACGCCACGCGUCCGGAACACCAAGUCGGCUCGAACCUGACGGCGUUGGCUGCCGCGGCUAUCGCGCUCCAGGGGUACGCUGCCUCCUCCCUGGCCACCGACGACAAUUUCCAGUACCAGAUAUAUCCUGCGGAAUCCAUCUUCGGCACGCCAAUCAACGGCACGACGGAAUCGAUGCAAAAACUGCUUUCAAGAUUCGCCAUUGGGGUGAUCGCCGUCGCAGCAGAGACCAACGACAAGUACGUCGUGGAAGGGACCAUGCCCCUGAAAGGCACCAAGCUCAACGUCUCACACUGGAACUUGAUCAACAUGAUUCUGAUCCUCACCGCAACGCUCCAGUUGUCACUCGGUAUCUCUGCUGCGCUGGUUGCCAACCGGGUGGUGGUGCCUGAUGGGGGUGCAGUUGAGAUGGCGCAGGUAAUGAGGACGAUGGCGAUUCGGGAUCGAACAGCGGUCAGUGACGCGAGUGAGAAGGGCCCGACUGGGGGGCCCAAAGCGACUUCAUUGUGGAUAUACAGGGAUCAUUUGGUAUCGGACGACAGGGUGUACGAUUUGCACAUGGAGGAACAACGAAUCCACCCCAGGAGCGAGCAUGGCAUGAUUGAGAUGAAUCCUCAACGGCCAAAUACUGGUUCUACCAGUCGUGGGUCGACGCCACCAAAACAGUAG